AGGAAGGCCUUCAUGGCUACGCUGACUUCACGCUCACUAGGUGCAGGCGUUGUUCCAGGCUGGGCUGCCGCUCCUCCUGCUAUGAUGCCUGGGCAGAUUCCAGACCCUUCCGUGACUGCGGGCUCUCUGCCGGGGCUCGGCCCCCUGACCGGACUCCCCAGCUCGGCCCUGACAGCGGAGGAGCUGAAGUACGCCGACAUCCGCAACAUUGGGGCCAUGAUCGCCCCUUUGCACUUUCUGGAGGUGAAACUGGGCAAGAGGCCCCAACCCGUGAAAAGUGAGCUAGAUGAAGAAGAGGAGCGAAGGAAAAGGCGCCGGGAGAAGAACAAAGUGGCGGCAGCCCGAUGCCGGAACAAGAAGAAGGAGCGGACGGAGUUCCUGCAGCGGGAAUCUGAGCGGCUGGAACUCAUGAAUGCGGAGCUGAAGACCCAGAUCGAGGAGCUGAAGCAGGAGCGACAGCAGCUCAUUCUGAUGCUGAACCGGCAUCGCCCCACCUGCAUCGUCCGGACGGACAGCGUCAAGACCCCCGAAUCAGAAGGGAACCCGCUGUUGGAGCAGCUAGAGAAGAAGUGA